UUAACAGCGUUAAACAUUUAACAGCGUUACCCUCUUGUUACUCUGCCAAAGUGCUAAGUCUACUGCUUCUGCUGCUUUUCUCUCAAGAUGUUACGGAACAUCAUGAACGCUUUCACCGGAGACGACAAUAAACACCCGAGAGUUAAAGGGACGGUGGUGUUGAUGAAGAAGAAUGUGCUGGACUUUAACGAUUUCAGUGCCUCAGUUCUUGAUCGUCUUCAUGAGUUUGUGGGUGAACGAGUUUCUUUCCAGUUGAUAAGCUCUGUCAACGUUGACCCUGGGAAUGGCUUGAAGGGGAAACUUGGGAAGCCUGCAUAUCUAGAAGAUUGGAUUACCACAAUCACAUCUUUGACAGCAGGAGAAUCAGCAUUCAGGGUUACAUUUGAUUGGGAUGAUGAGAUAGGAACACCAGGAGCAUUCUUAAUAAAGAAUAAUCAUCACAGUGAGUUCUAUCUCAGAAGCCUGACACUAGAAGAUGUUCCAGGGCAAGGUGUCAUUCGCUUUGUUUGCAACUCUUGGGUGUACCCUUCAGAUAAGUAUGAAAAAGAUCGCAUUUUCUUCUCCAACAAGACAUACCUUUCAAGUGAAACACCAGUGCCACUACUUAAGUACAGAGAAGAAGAACUGCAGAAUUUAAGAGGAGAUGGAAAGGGACAGCUCCAAGAGUGGGAUAGGGUCUAUGAUUAUGCAUGCUACAAUGAUUUGGGAAAUCCGGAUAAGGGUCCACAACAUGCUCGUCCUGUUCUUGGAGGUUCUACCAAAUAUCCCUACCCUCGUAGGGGAAGAACUGGUAGACAACCCGCAAAGUCAGAUCCUAAUUCUGAGAGUAGGCUGAAUCUUGCCAUAAGCCUAGACAUCUAUGUUCCAAGGGAUGAAAGAUUUGGUCACUUGAAAUUGGCAGAUUUUCUUGCCUAUGCACUGAAAUCCAUAGUUCAAGUUUUCAAACCUGAGCUGGAAGCUCUAUUUCACAACACCCACAAUGAGUUUGACAGCUUUGAAGAUAUACUUAAACUCUAUGAAGGUGGGAUUCAGGUGCCUGAGGGUAUUUUGGAGGAUGUAAGGGAUCACAUCCCUGCAGAAAUGCUUAAGGAAAUUUUCAGGACUGAUGGUGAAAAGUUCCUCAAAUUUCCCAUGCCUCCAGUGAUUGCAGAGGAUAAAUCUGCAUGGAGAACAGAUGAAGAAUUUGCUAGGGAGAUGCUGGCUGGUAUAAACCCUGUCAUGCUUUGUUGUCUCCAAGAGUUCCCACCAGCAAGCAAGCUUGAUCAUAAAUUUUAUGGUGAUCAAACCAGUACAAUAGCCAAAGAACACAUUGAAAGUAACCUGGAUGGGCUCACGAUUGAUGAGGCAAUUAGAGAAAAGAAGUUGUUCAUAUUGGAUCAUCAUGAUGCACUGAUGCCAUACUUGAGGAGGAUAAACUCCACCUCUACAAAAACAUAUGCCAGCAGGACAGUUCUAUUCUUGCAAAAUAGUGGGAUCCUAAAGCCACUAGCCAUUGAGUUGAGUUUGCCACAUCCUGAGGGAGAUGAAUAUGGUGCCAUUAGUAAAGUUUACAUGCCUGUGGAACAAGGUGUUGAAAAUUCCAUCUGGCAACUGGCCAAAGCUUAUGUAGGGGUAGUCGACUCAGGCUAUCAUCAACUUGUCAGCCACUGGUUGCAUACUCAUGCAGUCAUUGAACCAUUCAUUAUAGCUGCAAAUAGGCAGCUUAGUGUGCUUCACCCUAUUCAUAAGCUAUUGCAUCCUCACUUCCGUGACACCAUGAAUAUAAAUGCACUUGGACGGCAGAUCCUCAUCAAUGCAGGUGGUGCUCUAGAGUCAACAGUUUGUCCAUCCAAAUAUUCUAUGGAGUUUUCAUCAAUGCUUUAUAAGGAUUGGGUUUUCCCUGAGCAAGCACUGCCUGAAGAUCUUGUCAAGAGAGGAAUGGCUGUUAAGGACUCAACUUCCCCAUAUGGCCUUAGACUAUUGAUUGAGGAUUACCCUUAUGCAGUUGAUGGACUGGAGAUUUGGUUUGCUAUCAAGACAUGGGUUCAGGAUUACUGCUCCUUUUACUACAAGGAGGAUGACUCAGUGAAGAAAGACACAGAACUGCAAUCUUGGUGGAAAGAAAUAAGAGAGGAGGGUCAUGGUGACAAGAAAGAUGAACCUUGGUGGCCAAAGAUGCAGACACGUGAAGAGCUGAUUGAAAGUUGCACUAUUAUUAUAUGGAUUGCUUCAGCUCUCCAUGCUGCAAUUAACUUUGGCCAAUACCCAUAUGGAGGCUACCCACCAAGCCGUCCAUCUAUGAGCCGGCGAUUCAUGCCGGAAAAGGGAACUCCAGAAUACAAUGAACUUGUGACAAAUCCUGAGAAGGCUUUUCUGAAAACAAUUACUGCACAGUUUCAGGCUGUUCUUGGCAUUUCACUUGUAGAAGUCUUGUCUAGACAUUCUACUGAUGAGGUCUAUCUUGGACAAAGAGACAGUCCAUAUUGGACUUCUGAUGCAGAACCAUUGGAAGCCUUUGAGAAGUUUGGCAAUAAACUUGCAGAUAUUGAGGAAAGGAUCUUGAGAAUGAACAAUGAUGAGAAACUUAGAAACAGGGUUGGUCCAGUUAAGAUGCCAUACACCUUGCUUUAUCCUACAAGUGAAGGUGGACUAACUGGCAAGGGGAUUCCUAAUAGUGUCUCAAUUUAAAGGGCCUGUAGGGUCUUCUCUUUAGUGUGGAUUGUCUGUGUUUUCUUUUUUAAAUAGUGGCCGUAGGGGCCUUAUCUACUUUUCUCUCUUUUCAUUGUAGUGUGCAAACUUGCUCUAUAGACUGUUGUGCCAUUUGCUUUACCUUUAUGGACUUAUUGACUUAUUUUGGGUUUAAGUCAAACUUCAUGCACAAGAAUGAAAGAAA